UCGGCAGCAUCACCCGAGUCCUUCGUGAAAAUGCAGCCUUCCCACGGGUUAUUCUGCCCUCACCCGUGCCCGAGGCCACGGCGGCCUUUCCCUCAGCCUAGACCGACCCGCAGAUAUCUCUCCGGACUGAGGCCCGAGGCUGCGCCGGCGCGGAAUCGGGACGCCGGGGUUGGCUGGAGCAUUCCCGGCUCACGCUCCUCUGGGAUGGACCCGGAGGCGGGUUUCGCUCCCAAUGGGGACGCUUUGGACCGGUACGACCCUCGACUGGGCCCCAAGAAGUAUCUAAAGUGCCUGAAGUGGGGAUUGAGGCUUCCAAGACGAAGACAGAGAAAUUACCCCCAUCUUUGUCACCGGGAUCCCUGCCUCCCAGCGGCCAAGGAGCUCCCGGAGAUCCAGAGACUCCCGCAGGGAGGGUUUCCAGGACACUCAAGAAGUCGACAAAUGCAGAAGAGAGGCGGGCGCCUUCCCCGAAAAGAAUUGGGUCGGGCUCAGGUGAAAAGCGAGGCCAGCACCAGAAGGAGGAGAUUCCGGAACAACUUAAGAGGCCUAUUCACCUCAAUCAUGGAAUCAUCUUCAAAGUGUCUGCUCACCCAAGUUACUCAAUUCUGGAACCUCCUAGAUGACCUGUCUGAAAGUAACCCUGAGAGCUAUGAGAAGUUCAUUCAACAGCAGCUGAAAGAAGGGAAACAGCUCUGUGCUGCCCCAGAACCACAGCUCUGUCUACAAACCAGAAUCCUGAAACCAAAAGAAAAACUACUUUUUAUCAACCUAUGUCAGUGGAAAAGGAUUCCAGCUCCCCAAUCAACUACUCACCCGGUACCUCUAAGUGUUGGCAGACCAGAAGAUAUGUCUGAGACAUCAGAUGUUUAUACAGUCAUCGAUGUUGCCUACAAUCCUGAUGUUCUCCAAGCAGCAGAAAAGGACCAAGUGAGAAAAGAUCAGUUAAUACGGAUGGCCAUGAAAUGCAUUGAGGAAAAACUCCAGUUCACUCUCUCACAUUUUUACCAUAUUACUAAGUUUAAAGUAAAAGGAAGCAUUCAAAGGAUGAAACAAAAUCUGAUGGGAAUUCAAACUGACCCCACAGAUUUAAGAGACAAAAUGAGAAAGGAACUAACCCUUGAACAGAUAAGAAACAGUACUGUGAGCAAUUCGGAUGAUUUCCCUCAACUUUUACUGCCAAAAGACCAUGUUUCAGGCAAAACAGGGUGCCUGAUAGAAGAGAUUUCCAGUACAGAGACCCAGGCGGAGAUGAAGACACCAGCCUAUGAAUUAAAAAUUGGGGCGGAUCACAAUGAGAAACCGCUGAAAAUUGAAUUAAAAGUUGAAUUACCUGGUAUUAAUUCAGUAUCUCUCUGUGACCUCAGUGUUUCUGAGGAUGAUUUAUUGAUUGAGGUCUUUGAGAAGUACAGAUUACAUCUGAAUCUUCCAGAACCUGUGAAUCCUGAAAUGACAACAGCAAAAUUUAUCAGAGAGAAAGCUACAUUAAUCGUCACAAUGCCAUUGAUGUAAGUCAAGAGCAUCAUGUGUUUUGGGUUUUCAGUGCUCAAGUUAUAGGACCUUCAUUAUGG